UUUAGCUGGACCAAAUUCCCUUAUGACUACUUUGUAUGUAGGGCAUCUGCAUCAAUAUGUUACCGAAGAUAUGUUGUUUGGGAAAUUUUCAACUGCAGGUCCAGUCCUUACUAUCCGUGUCUGUAGAGAUGAGAUCACAAGACGUUCGCUUGGUUAUGCAUAUGUAAACUUUCAGCAGCAAGAAGAUGCUGCGAAAGCUCUCGAUGUAAUGAACUUUGACACUAUAAACGGUCAACCAAUAAGAAUCAUGUGGUCACAAAGAGAUCCAUUUCUCAGAAAAUCUGGUGUUAGCAACGUAUUUAUCAGAAAUCUUGACAAAAACAUUGACAAUAAGGCAUUAUACGAUACCUUCUCUGCCUUUGGACAUAUUUUAUCCUGUAAGAUUGUCUGUGACAAGCAUGGAUCCCGUGGAUAUGGAUUUGUACAUUUUGAAAAUGUAGACGCAGCCAGAAAUGCUAUUAAAAAAAAGAAUGGGAUGCUGUUGAAUGGAAAGAAAGUGUUUGUAGGACGAUUCCCGAAUAGACGGGAACGUCUUGAAAUUCGUGGAGAUAAGAUGAAGAAAUUUAAUAACGUUUAUGUAAAGAAUUUUAGGGAUGAUAUGUCUGAGGAUGAACUGAAAGAUAUAUUUGAACCAUUCGGGAAACUUAUAAAUGUUAAGAUCAUGUCUGAUAUUGACGGUAAAAGUCGUGGAUUUGGAUUUGUAAGUUAUGAAGAACCAGAGGCAGCAGAAAAGGCUGUUGAAGAUUUGAACGGUUUAACCAUCCAUGAAAGGACUUUGUUUGCUGGCAGAGCCCAAAAAAGGGCUGAGAGACAAGCUGAACUUAAGGCCAAAUUUGAGAGAAUCCGAAUGGAUAGAAUUAAUCGAUACCAAGGAGUAAACCUGUAUGUAAAGUAUUUAGAUGACAACAUUGACGAUGAACGACUAAGGAAGGAAUUUUCUCAGUUUGGAACCAUCACAAGUACUAAGGUUAAAAGAACAGAAGGUGGAAGAUCCAAAGGAUUUGGUUUUGUGUGUUUUAGUUCUCCAGAGGAAGCCACUAAGGCUGUCAGAGAAAUGCACGGAAGAAUCGUUGGGGAACGAUCAAUUUAUGUGACUCUAGCACAACAAAAAGAAGACAGGAAAGCUUAUUUAGCAUCAAAAUAUAUGCAGCGUAAUGCUAGUAUGAGAAUGCAGGGACAGCCUGCUGCCGGUAUGGUGUGUCAGAUGUUCCCAUCAGCUGGACCUGAGUAUAUCCUUCCUACCAUGACACAGGGACAGAGAAAUUUCUAUGCCCCAACACAUGUGCCACAGAUGAGGGCAAGUCCAAGAUGGCCAACACAGCUAAGACAGCCCACACCAGCUAGUGGAUUCCAGAAUAUGCCUGGACAACAGAUUAGACCUGGCAAUCCUGCUGUCGUUAGAGGAAGACAACCUGGUCAAAGCAACAUCCGUGGCGGAAUGAAUGCUCGUCCAAUCACAGGACAGUCUGGCACUGGACAACCAUCUCGCAUGCUACAGUCUGUACCAGGCAGAGGACGAGUGCCUCCCCCAUCCGGAGUACUCAACCCAGCCAGUAGGUAUUCAGCUAUACAGAUGAGAAACCAACCUAAAGCUGGAAGACAGCAAAACAUGGUUAUGCCACAGCCUCAAACCCAAGGAGGAGUGAUUCAAGUUCAAGGUCAGGAGCCUCUAUCCUCUACCAUGUUAGCUGAUGCCCCUCAACAGGAACAACAGCAGAUGUUAGGAGAACGUCUGUUCCCUCUGAUCCAAAGUAUGUACCCAGAUCUGGCUGGAAAGAUCACUGGAAUGUUACUGGAAAUAGACAACUCUGAAUUUUUACAAAUGUUGGAAUCCAAGGAGUCACUAGAGGCUAAGGUAAAUGAAGCCGUUGCUGUACUGCAAGCCCAUCAAGCCAAAGAAACUACACCUGCCAAUGAAGCGGCAAACUAAAUAGGGUACCAUGGAAAACAAAAUAGAGUAGAUCAUAAGGGCAGAUGAUUGGACAGAUUUUCUAGUUACCAUGACUACAAGCAUUUAUAAACUGUAUUGUCAGAGCUUUUGUUUAGAUAUGUUUGCCCACUUGUUUAUUAUUAUUGUACAUUUAUCAUGAAGUUAUAUAAUUUGGAUUGUUUUUUAUUCCAAAAUUUGUUAGAAAUAACCAUUACAUCUCACUUUAUACAAUUGGUUUGAAGCUCUUGUCAGCAUUUCAUGGCUUAUUUCAGAAUUCAUGUAAUAUUUGAAAAAGUAUUAUUUGAAAAUCUGUUAUUUUACACAUUUUUAACCAAUCACAACAAUAUAUGAAAUAUUUGAAAUGAGGCACACUAUCUUGAAAAUGAGACGAAGUGUUGUAACAGCAAAACAAAUAAGUCAAGGAAGAAUAUUGUCCUGAAUGGAACAAAUGUUCAAUGUACAAAACUAUUUCCUUUAUAAGUCAAAAUAGUACGGUAAAUAAUUUAAAUGUACAGCAACACACUUCUUGACCACUUUUGUAUACACAUAUUAGGAGUGUAUAUGGUUUACAUUGUUCAUGUAACAUUACAUUUAUAUCAACAUUUCAUAGCUGUUGAUGUGUUCCAUUAACUUUAUUUAACCAGUUUAAGUUUUUAUAUAUUUCAGACAAUUGAGGAAAAUUUCACAAUUUAAACUACUUUAUUUAUCAAAGAUUAGUGAAAUUACUUAUUUCUUGAGAAAACGGUUUCAAAUUAUUAUCUAAAUAAGGAUUCAAAACAUUCAGUGUAACCGGUUAGCGAGUGAAAAUCUUGUUUUAAUUAUCUCCAUUGGUAAACCUCUUUUAAAAGGUUCCAUCUUGUAAUGAAAAUUAUGAAAAAUAUUGUAAAAAAAGAGAACAAAAUAUGAAUUGAGAAAAACUGCUCAUUAUAUACUGGAUUUUUUAAACAGGUAAGUAUGUAAACAAAUUAUUAUUAAAUUUAUCCUGAAUUGUUGGAAUUAAUAUGAAAAUAUACAGCUACAUUGUGUGGUGAAGCUGUUAAAUAAAAAAUGUAAUAUAUUAUGUUAAAAAAAAAACCA